ACAGAGUUAUCGUUAUUAUAAAAAAAAAUGGCUGCUCUCAGACAAUGUUUGUUUCGGAUAGCAGUACAAAACAGUAUUUCUAAGCAUAAAAUUAUACCACAAACCUGUUCUUUAAUUAAGCAGUUUUCUAGUCUUAGACUGUCUCCUGCCACUCCAUCUGUACUAGCCAAUCAUAAACUCCAAGCACUAUGUCCAGUUCAUUCAUCAACGAGCAUUCACACAUCUCCACCUGCUCAAGAUUUGAUGGAGUUCUUUGACCGCAAAGAUGUCUGGGGGGAGACAAGUGUAUUAUCAGGCCGACCGUACAGAUUGGAUGAGUUACGUUUAAAGAGCAAUCAGGACAUUCACAAGCUCUGGUAUGUGCUGUUGAAAGAGAGGAACAUGCUGCUGACCAUGCAAGAGGAGUACCACAGAAAUGUGGAGCUGUUUCCUAAUCCAGAGAGAAUCACAAAGGUUGAAGAGAGUAUGGAGAACAUCCUGGAAGUGGUCAAAGAAAGAGACAAUGCCGUCUCACUUCUAGAGACAGGCAAGCCAGCAGGGCCUGGCGGCGCCUACGUCAGAGACUUCUUGGGUCGGGUGGUGUGGCGCAACUUCAAGGAGUACGGCAUCCCCCCACAUAUGAACAAGGUCUACAGGCUCCUGUACCCAAGGGGGUUCAAUAGGGUUCACCUGAGGUUUUUGCCGCUGUGGCGCGAGAAGGUAGCCAAGCAACACUGGUACAGGUACAACCAGCGCAUGAGGAUGUACAAGAAGCUGGAGGAAAAGUUCCCACAUUUGAAGGGGAAGUUGCAGGCGCAGAAACCAGAGGAGCCCAAAAUUAAUUGAAGUUAAGAGCACAAAAAUGUUUCAUCUAUUGUACAAUAAAAAGUUUGAAUAUGA